AUGGACGUGACACUGCUCGAGUCGAACACACACAUAAAGGACCAGCUUGUUGAGGCGCUCGCGCCGCCAGCUGCGGCCGAGUAUGCAGAAUGGCUUCGCCAGCAAAGGUACGAUGACAGCGUCAGCGACGCAGAGACGGCAACGGCAGCGCUUAUGGCAUCGGAGCGGUGCAUUGACCCUGGGGAAGACACAAGCUUGCAGGAGGCGCUGAAUGCGGAGCUUUUCGCCGACGUCUCUCGAGCCAUCCGCAGGCAGCAGUGGUACCGGCCUCAUAGUAAGAAGGCGAAGCGUGGCAAGGCCGCCGUUGUCGUGCCUUCUACUCACGCUGAAACAAAGGGAGACCGUUUCACAGAUGCAGCGCGCCUGUCAGAGGUGCCUCCCAGCCGCGAGGGCGUGGUGCCGACUCCUGCCGCCCACUCAGCACCUUCCCCGCCUCCAGACGAAGGUGCAGAUGGCGCCGUUGGCGGUGCGCUGCCGUCACCCCAUCACAAAGCCUCCACUGUCUCAUUCAGAGCACCGAGAGGGGAUGGCGAGACUGCGCAGACGGCGGGGUCGGACGCACUCGUCUACAACAUUUUUACGCGCCGCGUCACCAAGGCUAGUUCGACGAGCAUUCGCUCGCUGGCACUGAUGGGUAUCGGCGUCGACCAAACCACGCGAGAGCUCUGCGUGACCGACGGCGAGGCACUACGAAAUCUAGCUGGUGCGCUGCGUGCCCACCAUGUCUCCUGGCCGCAGCUCUGGUCGCGCGGUCCCCUUUAUCGCCAGAUAGAGCGUCUUCUGAGCGAUGCGACGGUGGAGGACCCGGUGGAACGAGUGGCUGGCCUUCUGAAGCUGCAGUACAACCGAUCUCAUCUGCAGUGGCAAAAGCCUGGCCUUGUCGUAUGCGGAGACGCCGCAGGGUCGGUGCAAGCGCCAUCGGCGGCAGAGGCGACCACCGCACCGCCUAGUGUGGCGGAGAGCAUCGAUGAGAAGCUCCUGACCCUUCAGGACCUUAACAUGGAGCAGCAAGCCGUUGUGCAGCUAGUCAUGCAGGGGCAUCACACCUACAUCGGUGGCGGUGCUGGCACGGGCAAGUCAGUGCUGCUCCGUGUCAUCAAGCAGCAACUUGUCUGUGAAGGCUUAGCUGUGGCUGUGACGGGGACGACUGGCAUUUCAAGUUCUCAGAUCGGCGGGUGCACGUUGCAUCACUGUCUCGGCAUCAGCCCCCUUGGCGAGUUCACGCGGCGCAAAGACUUGAGCAGCUACGACGUCAUUAUCAUUGAUGAAGUGUCGAUGCUGUCACGGGAACUUUUCGAGUCACUGGAGGUGCACUUGCGCCGCGCCAACAACCUCAACCUCCCCUUCGGCGGUGUGCAGAUGAUAUUGAGCGGCGACUUUCUGCAGCUCGGCGCCAUCCACGCGCAGCCUCUUAUCACGUCUCCUGUCUUCCGUCGCAACUUUAUCCAGUUGAAGUUGCACACGCUGGUACGGCAGAACCGAGACCUGCGCUUUGCCGCUCAGCUGCAACAGCUGCGGCGUGGAAUGGUGCCACUGGACCUGCGAAAAUCGGUGCGGUUCAUGUCACGAGACCAGGUGGUGGCAGAGCAUCAGGCAGCAGCUGUGCUGCGUGCGCGCCAGCAGGCUCAGCUGCAGCAGGUCCUGUCAACCACAGCCACCGAGUCCACCGCAGACCCACACAGAGAGGCAUGGGCGACUUCCGAUGGCGCUGAUGCGAGCCUUCGGACUCAGUCAGCAUCGGCGACCACGCCAGUGACUCCAUUUCCACAAGCUGGGCACCGCGACAGCGUGGCUGCGGUUGUGGACGGUGCUGUGAACCUCCUGCCGACAAAUCGCGAGGUCGAUGCGACAAACACUGAGCAGCUGGACAGACUGGAGGGGGAGCUCAUCACGUACACGCCUCAGCUCCUGCCCCCUUCCCUCGUGGGCAGCUGGUCUCCGACCUACGUGCUCCGCAUCUGUGCUCCACAGAAGCUGAACAUGAAGACGUUUACACUGGAGAUACAGCGGUACCUCACCGCGUUCUACACCCACGGCCAACGCGCGUCGUCACAGGUGUCGCGAUGCUUGUCAGCGCGGCCGGCGAGUAUCGAAAGAGGUACCGCAGCUUUCUCAAGCGCUGCAGCAGCGUCGGCAAACUUCAGUGACGGCUCGUGGCUUCUGGGCCCCAGCCUCAACGAGCGCAGCAUCGUGUUAUACCCCCUCUUCGUCGACGCCUUGGCCCUCCGGGUGCGCCUGCCGCUGACCAUGGGCAAGGAAGAGGGGCAGCAGUUCUUGCUGUACCUCAGUGAGCUAGACCGCCACCUCGAAGUCAUCGACAGCGGCGUACGGGUCCGUGACGUCCUCAUGCACGCGGACGGGAUGCACACGGAGCAGGAUGAGUUCACUCUAUUGCAGUACGCCCAACACACUCCUGUUGCCCGACCGCUGGGGCUGAAGAUCGGCGCUCGUGUGAUGCUCCGCACCAACCUUGCCCCAGGGCUCGUGAACGGAAGCCUGGGCACCGUCGUGGGCUUUCGCAAGCUGCAAAUCAACCAGCUGCCGCGCUACAUUGUUGGCAAUGCUCAGCGGGAGGAGUCCAUCCUGCGGUACGCCGACUACUUGCAGUACGAGCAAGGCUUUGACGUGCCACUGGUCCCCGUCUUGGACUUCAACGGGCGGCAGGAGGUCAUCCCGCCGGUGACACAUUUUGUCGGCGGGCGGUCGAAUACGCACUUCUACAGCCUGGGGAUUGUCGCCCUGCCGCUCUCCUUAGCCUACGCCUUCACAGUGCAUAAGGUGCAGGGGCUCACCCUGGUGGGUCGCGUGCACCUCGAGCUGUCCCGCAUGUGGCCAUGCGAGCACCUGCUGUACGUGGCCAUGAGUCGCGUGCGCAACCCGGAGCAGCUGUCCGUCUCCUCCUUUCACCCCAGCCUGGUGCGUACGGCGGCAGACUGCCUUCUUUUCGAUGACAGUCUGCCACCGGUGACGCAAGCGAGAAUCGCACCGUACAUGGUGGCGGCAACCUGGCGUCGCUCACGGGAGCGACGCAAGAAGGUGGUACUGAUGAAGCAACUCGAGACCCACGUGAAAAAGCGCCAGCAGAAAUUGAAGAGUGAGGCGAGCAAAGGCAACAUCCGCGCAGAAAUUCAGCUCCUGGAGGAGAAGAUGCUGAAGCAGCGGGCAAGAGCGUCGGCAGCGCGCAGCAAGCACUAUAACACCUCCAGUAAGCAAGGUGCUGUAGCCGACUCCCCGACAGUCUGA